AUGGCAUCUCGAAGCAGCUACCGAGGAGGGUACAAUUCCAUGUACAGUCACAAGCCUCAUUACGGAACCGAUUCAAGAGGCUACUCACAGUCUCCUCAACGUGCCGGCUCUUUCCAUAACUCACAGUCUACCUCUCCUUAUGGACCAGGGCGGUCAGGUUGGAGUGGACAAUAUACAUCUGAGCACCAACACCCGCCUCCAUACCAUCAUGGCCCGGGCCAAUAUGGCCCACCGAGUGGCCCGUCAGACCAUUAUCACUCUCACCCCCCACGGUCCCCUCCUUAUGGGGCGCCGUCGGGUCCGAUGAACUCGUAUGGCGCGGGAAACUAUCGAGGCGGUCCGGGAUCACAAGGAAAUGGCCAACGAAACGGUCCCUUUCAAGCUAGGGGGGGAUUUAGAGGGCCAAACACCAAAGCUUGGGGCUCAGUCAGCUCAGACUCAACGUCGAAACCACAUCCUCAACCUGCAGAUGAGCAAGGGACCAGGCGUUACAGCACUGCUACCGGCCCAAGGGAAGACGAUGGAUCCAAAGUGGCGGAGGAGGAUGCCGGUAGAGACAGCAGGUCAUCGAAGCCGAGUUCAGGAGCUGACGCACCACAAGCAGCUCCAUCCCGACCAACGCCAACAGGUCCUGGCUCCGCGCAGUCCAAUGCCUCGGGCAAGUUCAGCUUUGCUUUCAAGGCUUCUUCAAAGCCCACGCCAACAGCACCAAAGCCGGAGAUUUCACAAAAGUUUAAUGCACCUCCAAAGAGAGAUGUUAACUCGAAAGAAAUCACCACCGAGAGGGAGCCUCCUCGCUCGGCGCCUACGGAGCCUGCGUCGGCAAGGCAACGGGCGGACUUUAGGAACCCGCCUCCAGAUGGCCCCAAAAUGGCCCCCAAGGUGCGCAAGGUCAAGAAAACUAUGCGACGAGCGAAGCCACGUCCGUCAUUGGAGACAGGUUUGGUUGAAUCCGAGUCAGUAUUUUACCGAAAGCCUGGCAACGAAUCCGUGGUUGGAUCUGGGACGUAUGGCAAAGUGUUCAAGGGCCUUAAUGUGUACACCAGAGGGUUGGUCGCUCUGAAACGCAUCCGUAUGGAGGGUGAGCGAGACGGUUUCCCCGUCACUGCAGUCCGAGAAAUCAAACUUCUGCAGUCGCUGAGACACUCGAACAUCGUCAAUCUUCAGGAGGUCAUGGUUGAGAAGAACGAAUGCUUCAUGGUAUUCGAGUACCUGUCACACGACCUGACUGGUCUUUUGAACCACCCAACGUUCAAGCUGGCACCUGCGCAAAAGAAGGAUCUGGCCAGACAGCUGUUUGAAGGAUUGGACUACCUCCACACCCGAGGUGUCCUUCAUCGAGAUAUCAAGGCCGCAAACAUCCUGGUCAGCAAUACCGGAGUUCUCAAACUGGCCGACUUUGGACUUGCUCGCUUCUAUGCGAAGCGGCACCAACUGGAUUACACAAACCGUGUCAUCACCAUUUGGUACCGGUCUCCUGAGUUGCUGUUGGGAGAAACGCAGUACACGGCCGCAGUGGAUGUGUGGAGCGCGGCGUGUGUCAUGGUUGAGAUUUUCAACAGGACGGCCAUUUUCCCCGGAGACGGCACGGAACUGAGUCAACUGGAAAAGAUUUACAGUGUUUUGGGGACGCCCAACAGGCAAGAAUGGCCCGGGCUGGUUGACAUGGCUUGGUUUGAACUCCUCCGACCGACCGUGAAGCGGAAGAGCGUCUUUUCCGACAAGUACAUUUCGAAGUUGACUCCUGCGGCGUUCGACUUGCUGUCUGCCAUGUUCCAAUACAACCCUGCAAAGCGGCCAACUGCUGCAGAAGCCUUGCAGCAUGCUUAUUUCGCCACGGAAGAACCGUUGCCGAAGCAGGCCACGGAGCUGGCCGAAAUUGAGGGAGAUUGGCACGAAUUCGAGUCAAAAGCGUUGCGAAAAGAGAAUGACCGUCGAGAAAAGGAAGCACGAAAGGCAGUUUCCAAGGAGCCCGUUCGGGAAAAGGAGAAGAAAAGAGCGCCGGAGGACGGCAGCGACGGAGAACGGGAGGCGAAGAGAGCGCAUGUCGAAUCAAGGGAAGCAUAG